CUGUACCUUUUACUCAUCGUACUAACGGUCCCUAUUGCUUUCCAAGUUGGUGGUGUGUAUUGUGGACUGACCUUCACCGUGACGUUAUUCUGUAUCUACUCGAGUUUAACAGUGAUACGGCUCGUCCUGUAUAGGAAUUGGGUGGUGAAUGUACUCUACUACUCACAGCACUUGCUGAUACCGAGUAUACUGACAUUUUCAUUGUCUGUCUUCAACAACAACGAUAUGGAACAGUUGAAAUUGGACCAUAUUGUGUACUAUAAGUUCUUUAUAAAACCAUGGAUGUACGUGAUUCAAAAGUCUACCCCUUGGUUUACACUCCUAGAAGGUUUAUGCACAGUGCUGGCAAUCCAGAGCAUUGGACAAACCUUCACAUGGUUGAAAUUGAACAAGUCUGAAAGUUGGGUCAUCGUUAGCCUGCUAAGCUCUGGUGGUAUCAUUACUACUUCGAUGUAUUUUCUCUACAGAAUCUAUUCUUCCUCUGUGGAAAUCAGCUCCGCAUCUGCAUCUCUGAUUGGCGCCAUCCUAACUUUCUGUUGUGGUGUUGGACUCUACGGUAUCAUCUCUAAACGUGGCUCCACGGUGGAGAGCUCGUUGUUGUUUGCAUACGUUGUGAGAUGUAUCUAUGAGACGUUUCCAGAACUUUCUCUACUGGCAUCAAACGAAAUGGGCAUCCUCAUCUCCAGUGCUACAAACCAAAUAAGGUUGGAUGUUCAAUUCUUGCCACUGUUACUCACAGAUUCUGUAACGCAUCUCGUAUCCUCUCUCACGUGGAACGUUCCUGUGUCGUUUCAAGCUGUGUUGGAUUUCUUCAUUGCCGCUGCAAAGACAGUAACACCAACGGUACUUGUGAACCUUGCAUACCGUGUAUCUGUCUUCUACUCUGCAACGAGGAUAAUCCCAGCUUUGAAAAAUCCACAACCUUCAACGAGGUCUAUGAGGGUCAUAUACGCAUUUUCGCCGUGCAUUAUCAUUGCCGUUUAUACGCACUUGAUGAUGCAGUAUUCCAACGAGCUGGAUUCCGAAUUGUGUAUCUGGGGAUGGUGGUUGCCGCUCGACAAAAGAGAAGGUCAAGAAAUUGUUGUUGAUCCAUGGUUAUUCUGGAAUUGGAUCAACAUGUUCAGCACGCUAGGGCUGUAUGCUUUGGAGUUGUUU